GAGAAGAUGCUCAUCUCAGCUGUCAGCUCCUGGAAACUAAAGAAGUCCUUCAGGUUACCUGGCAGAGAAGAUUUAAUCAUGAACGAAGAAACAUCGGUUCUUAUGACACAACCUUUGGUGAAACAGCGAAUCCUGAGUUUGUAAAUGAAGUUCAGUUUCUAGAAGCUGGACUGCAAAAGAACUCUAUAGUUCUCAUGAAUAUAACAGAGGAGGAUGAAGGAUGUUAUUUGUGUUUGUUGAACACCUACACUGAUGGAUCUCUGACAGCAGAAACCUGUCUCCAUGUGUAUGAGCUGCAUGAACCCGUCCUUCAUGUCAGAGAAGCAAGCUCUCCUGAAGAGUCAGUUGUGUGGUGUUCAGCCACAGGUGGACCUGCUCCCACUGUAACUCUGACUGUUCCACAACAACACCUCCACUUCUCACAGUACAACACCACCAGAGUCACCAACAGCAACAAUACAGUCACCGUCACCACCACAGCUGUGCUGUCAGGUCUCCAUGAUGACAGCACACAGGUUGGAUGUGCAGCCAGAGUGGACUCUGGUCCUCAGAUGGAGGUGGUGAAGAGGAUUUCUGAGCUCAAACACACGUCUGAUGAUGAUUUGAAUAAUACAUCUGUAACUUCUGGCAGAGGUUUAAGUUGGCCURCUYUUGUUAUAUGUGUGUUAACCUMUGUUGGUGCAGUCUGUGGUGCAGUUCUCUGUGUUUGGUACAGAAAAAAGACUCCAAAAAGCGAUCUUCAGCCUGAUGUCAGAACUGAAAAAAUUACAAUCAAAGACACUCAGAGGUCUGAAGAACCUUUGAUACCAGAUCUUGAUAUCAGACAACGAUCCAGACAGAACAGUGACCCGCAGUCAGCAUCAUGACACCAACAAGACUUUAUUCUGAUCUGUGCUUAAUGUUUUAGUUCAUCCCAAAAAAAAAAUGGCUGUAACAAGACAAGCAAACCUGAACUUAAAUUUCAACUUUUCAGACAUUAAGUUCAGAAAAAACUUCAGUAAUUGUUUAUUAAUAGAAGAGUGGUGCUCCUUUCAGUAAUGUUUAGAUUUUGACUGGAUUUUUUAUUGAUUGAUCUUUUUA